GCACAGACCUCCCUCAUUAUUAGCAGGCAGCGCUCCCAACCACACGACACCACCCACACACAGUUGUGCCUCAGUUUACUUUUGCUUGGUUUUUUGUUUACUCUCUCAGUUUCACAUGGAAAUCAUCGAAACCGUUUAUGUAUGGAGUUGGUUCGUUCCUGAAUGACCACAAAGCCGAAGCUCUAGGCGACGAUCCCGAGGCCGCCUCUCUCGGAAUAACAUCUCCCAGCUGUUCUGUUUUUUUUUUUUUUUUUUUUUUUUUUUUUUAUCUUGGUGCGGACUGCGGAGAAGUGCUUGCUUCUACUCUUCCAUUAAAGAUCCCUUCCCCUCCGCUCCUUGUAGAGAUUGAAAUGGCUUCCAGUACCCAAUCCUCUGUUUCGUUGGCUGGACAUUUGGCUUCAAAUUCUACAGCUUCGGAUCUUCUUAGGAGCUCAAGUAAUGGGAGUUCUGUAAUACCCCUCAAGACACUAGGAAGAGCCCGACAAGAAACAAAAAAAUGGAACUUCACGAUAACAGCAAAGGUUCGGAAACUCAAGAAGCAUGAAUAUCCCUGGCCAGAAGAUCCUGACCCGAAUGUCAAGGGUGGAGUCCUUAGCCACCUCUCACCUUUCAAACCAUUGAAGGAGAAACCAAAACCUGUGACUUUGGACUUUGAGAAGCCGCUAAUGGAUUUACAGAAAAAAAUAGUUGAUGUGCAAAGGAUGGCAAAUGAGACUGGACUGGAUUUUAGUGAUCAAAUUAUCCUACUGGAGAAUAAAUACCAACAGGCUUUGAAAGAUUUAUAUACUCAUUUGACUCCCAUACAACGUGUUAAUAUUGCACGUCAUCCCAACCGACCAACAUUUUUGGAUCAUGUUUUCAACAUUACAGAGAAGUUUGUUGAGCUCCAUGGCGAUCGAGCUGGAUAUGAUGAUCCUGCAAUUGUCACUGGACUUGGUACAAUGAAUGGCAGAAGCUACAUGUUCAUUGGGCAUCAAAAGGGCAGGAACACAAAAGAGAAUAUUCAGCGAAAUUUUGGAAUGCCUACUCCGCAUGGUUACAGGAAGGCACUACGCAUGAUGUACUAUGCAGAUCAUCAUGGAUUUCCGAUUAUCACUUUCAUUGACACCCCAGGGGCAUAUGCUGAUCUUAAGUCUGAAGAACUUGGACAAGGAGAAGCCAUUGCUCAGAAUUUAAGGACUAUGUUCGGCCUGAAAGUUCCAAUUGUUUCAAUUGUUAUGGGUGAAGGUGGCUCUGGUGGAGCUCUGGCAAUUGGUUGUGCUAACAAGCUGUUAAUGCUUGAAAAUGCAGUUUUCUAUGUUGCCAGCCCUGAAGCUUGUGCUGCAAUCUUGUGGAAGAGUGCAAAAGCUUCUCCAAAGGCUGCUGAGAAGCUAAAAAUAACUGCUGCAGAGCUGACCAAGCUUCAAAUUGCCGACGGUGUCAUCCCUGAACCUCUUGGUGGUGCUCAUGCAGAUCCAUAUUGGACUUCACAACAGAUCAAAACUGCACUUGUCGAGUCAAUGGAUGAGCUUGUUAAGAUGGAUACUGAAACAUUGCUAAAACAUAGGGCUCAAAAAUUCCGUAAACUUGGUGGAUUCCAGGAGGGUAUUCCAGUUGAUCCUAAGAAGAAAAUCAAUAUGAAAAAGAAAGAAGAACUGGAAGUUCCCAUUAGCAAAAUUUCAGAAGAAGAGUUGAGGGAUGAAGUCGAAAAUUUGAAACUGAAGAUAAUGGAGGCCAAUAACUCUUCGACAGGGCUAUUGGGUACUGGAUUAAGAGAGACGAUUGAUAAGUUGAAAAAACAGAUUGACUACGAACAUGAUGAGGCUGCCAAAGCUUUGGGUAUGCAGGACAAAAUUUUGAUGGUGAGGGAAGAAGCUGAGAAGGCAAGAAAUCUAAAUGACCAGCUUGCAUAUCUUGCACUGAAGGAAAAGAUUCAACAACUUAAGAAUGAGUUUGAGAGAAAUCUUCAUUCAGCUCCUAAUUAUCCUAGCCUGAAAUCUAAGCUAGAUAUGCUGAAAGAGUUGUCAAAAUCUUUGAAGCACUCCAAGAAAAGCACCAAAAAGGAGAAAUUAAAAGAUGAGGUUAAUAGGAAAUUUGGUGAAGUCGUUGAACGGUCUGAUCUAAAACAAAAGAUUGACAUGCUGAAGGCUGAAAUUGCAACCUCAGGAGUGUCCAGCAUUGAUUCAAAGCCAGAGCUAAAGGAAAGAGUUUUGCAGUUGGGGGCAGAGUUAGAGUCAGAAUUUGUGCGUGUUCUUGAAUCCAUGGGUUUGGAGGUGGUUCCUUCAAAACCUGAAGUCUUGGCAAAAAUAAAUGCAUUUGAUGAAGAGGUUACCAUGAUAAUAGACGACGUUGUCAAUUCAUCAGAUUUGAAAGAUAGGAUUGAAGUACUAAAGAUGGAGUUAGAGAAAGCUGGAACAAAGCCGGAUGAAGAAUCAAAAAGUAAGAUUCAGGCUUUAGAGGCGGAGAUCAAGAAAUCCAUCACAGAGGCAAUAAGCACCCCUGAGUUGAAAGAGAAACACAAAACCCUGGAAGCUGAGAUAUUGGAAACCACCAAAUCUUCAGUAAAAGCUGAUGAUGCAAGUUUGGGAUAUGAUAAAACUCAAGUAAAGGUGAAUAUGGAAGGUAAUCGCCGCCAUGUUUGAUUGAGCAGGCAGGCAGGCUGUGUAGAAGUACAACUUUCUCAACCUGCUGGUGUUCUUCUGAUAUGAUACUCACUCAACAUUUGUGCCUGCUGCCUAAGGCUUUGUUGUUGUUCUGAAUUUGCCAGACAUUUAGCUUAGCAUGAGAGAGAGAGAGAGAGAGAGUGAGAUUCAGAAUUUUCUUUUCUUUUGUUUUGUUUAGUGAGAUACACCAUCGAUGCUGAUCUGAUAGACUGGAGCUAGUGAGUGGAAUGAGCUGCUGAAAAAUUGGAGGUGUGAUGAGAGUUUGAUUUUGUUUUGUUAUUGCAACGAGGGAGGGCGUACAUGUCAUGUAAUUCCGUUGUUUGCUGUUAUUUUUUGUUGAUGAUAUAAGAUUACAUAUAGUUUAAUAAUAAGUGACUAAAGUUACAUUU